CAGUCGAAUAGCUUCACAUGGUCAAAACUUUUAUAAACUGGUAAAGUUAUCCGGAGUGGCUUUUAGUGUGAAAAGGCAUCAUGAAGAUUGCCCGUAGUGGGUCAACUAAGGCAAAGAAAGGUGCCACAUGGAAAAAAGGACAAGCCUGUAGUUCUAAUCCGACGCGAAGAAAAUUCCGUGAUGCGGUGCGGACCGGCACAUUUAAGAAUGUGAUUAAAGAGAGCGGCCUAACGUCUGCAGCUCUUAGUCAACAUGAUAAUAAAUAUGCCUCGUCGACUAUGGACUCUCUUCUCCAAAGGACUAUUGACCAUCAAGACGCCACAUUAGAUCGGAGUGGAUCGGGCAACGAGAUGGAGGAUGUCCGCUCCGUGGCGUCAUCAUGGGCAACUGAUUUCUCUGCCUGCACAAAUAUGUCCUUCAAUCGCCUCAUGACGAACUGGGAUCCUUCGAGUGCACUUCACAAGGAAAUGUUGGCUGUCUUAGCAGCAGUGACAGAAGUAAUCAAGGAAAAAGGCGGUCAAGAAACAGAAACGGAGUAUUUUGCGGCAUUUCUCACAUCGCUAACGACCCUUGAGUCCGACCUAAGUAUCACAGCAGCGGUUGCACUCAUCAACAUGGUUAUCAAACGAGUUCCACCAUCUCUUCUCCGUCAAAGGUUCUCUGACAUCUCACAGGUGAUAUAUUCGCUUUUAGCCCGUUUCGCGGAGUCUGACCACAACGCCGUUCUAUGUAGUCUCCUGAAUAUAGCGUCGUUCGUCUGCAGACAACAGGAUGCCUCUCGCUGGACGGUGGAGACAAGUUCUUUGAAAAAAUCCGAAACCUGUCGACUCUUCAACGCCGUUCUGGCCUUUGUGACUCACGUGAAGCCGAAGGUGAGGCGAGCAGCGCAAAAGAACGUCUGUGGCUUGAUGCGUUCAUCACCAGAACAUCCGUCAACGAUACUGUGCGGAGCCUAUGUGAACGACCGCAUGGAAGAAUUCCGUCAGAAUGGCAACACCGUGUCUCUACUACACCUCCUUACCUUUCUCUCAUAUAGCCUUCCCUUGUUACCAUCAAAAAACAUCAAGAUCAUAGCAGAAAACAUCCUCAGGACGAUGAAGCUGAACGAUCCUCUCGUUAUCGUACAAGGCUUGACGACAUUCUCAAAUAUGUUCAUGUACGAGACGACUCAGCUACUGAUUCGACCGGAUACAAAUGCCAGGCUCAUAAAUGCUUUGUAUGAAAUGCAACCCGGAAUCAACGAUCCUCAGCCAUGUACUGCUUGGCUUAUGGCAAUGCGUAGUGCUCUUGUACAUCUGCACAAGGGGGAUGUAUCGUUAUUUUCUUUGAACGUCUGGAAGUUUAUCCAGGUCGCCGUUAACGUGUUCUUGUGCGAAAACGAAACUGUUCAUGCCGUCACGGAGAAAGUUAUAAUUGAGUUGCUGCAGUUAUGCGGUCCAAUUGGGGAGGAGAUGAAGACACCUUUACCAGGUGGCAUUCAAAGUACCUCCGCCGAAAAGAUUCUGACCGCUCUUGAGAGAACGCUCACAUACCAGUUCCACUUGGCAUGGCCCAACGUAUUCGCUGUGUGGGGUGCUACCUUUUCUGCGCUUGCUAAAGUUCUACCCGAUAGGCUUACAGCUAGUGUCUCCGUUUUGGCGGAUCUUCGUGAAUCGAACAACUUUGAGUACAGUAUGCAGCUUGAUCAUGCAGUUGGUGCGGCUGUUCGAGCCCUCGGACCUAAACGUGUACUGGAACAGGUACCAUUAAGGAUUACGGGCGUGGAGGACGAUCCUAACUUUCCACGAAGUUGGCUUUUGCCCGUACUGCGUGACAAUAUAAAAGAAACUGAACUAAAGUUCUUCAUUGACUACUUCUUCCCCUUGACUGGUAAUCUAAGUCGAGCAGAAAGCGCGGCCCAACAGAAUAAAAAGAAGCAUAUGGAGGUCGCGUAUCGUGUUUUGGGUAACCAGGUGUGGUCUUUGCUGCCUGCAUUUUGUGUGCGAACAACUGAUGUGAGAGAAACUUAUCCAAAGGUUGCACCAACUCUUGCUAUACUGCUAACUGCCAGGCCUGACCGACGUCUUCCUAUACUGUCGGCUUUACGGAAACUUAUCACGACAAGCACGACGCCAAGCGUCAUCGGCACUACUGCUGAUAGGUUCCUUCCCACGCUGUGUUCUCUCUACAUUAAGAAAGCGGAAAGCGAAAGACUUGCCCUGUAUGAAACGAUUCGAGCUUUUGUCACAGUAUCCGAGCAAGAGCUUUGUUGUACAAUGUUUAACACAGCGAUGGAAAAAAUAGGAACGGUGCAAGGUGAAGACGCUACAUUUACCAAUAUGGCCUUUACGGACAUAGCUCGGGCACUACUGCCUAAAGUUACAGAGGCUGAAGGACAAAAGUUGUACCAAUAUUGUGUCGCUAACUUGAAGAGCGGAGCCCGAACAGAACAGAAAAAAGCUUAUCUGACCCUUGAAGACCUAUUCCGCGCGGAAUGCUGCCGCCGGAUCGUUGAAGAAAACCUCAACGAUAUUCAAAAGCUACUCGUUACAUCUGUUUCAAAGGUGUCGAAUGCGUCAAAGGCCCCUCGCCUCCGCUGUUUAAGAAGCGUCUUGGCAAGUCUGUCGUCACCAAACCAACAAUUGGUCGUAGCUGUUAUCCCUGAAGCAGUAUUGUGCUGCCGAGAUUCUGCCGCAAAGGUUAAACAAGCUGCUCUGGAGGUUGUCGUGGAAUGCGCUGAUGCUCUACAAAGAUGGAGCAUCCCGAAUGCGUUCAGCCAAUACAUAUCUCUGUUAAUGGGGGGCUUGGCUGGAUCGUCGACGUUAGUCUCCGCUUCUAUAAUUGCGAUUAGCCACUGCCUCCGGCAUUUCCGUGAGCAGCUUCAGGAGAGCGAAGAUCUUCUAAAACAACUCAUUGAAGCCAUUUGCACCCUUGUCGUGUCACCUUCUCGAGAAAUCGUUAAAGCUGCUCUUGAUUUCAUUAAAGGGAUUUUCAGCCUCAUUGAGAUGGACCAACUUAAUAAAUUUUCCAAUCUUAUCAUCUCACGUGUAUGCGGUAUGAUAACGGAUGACUGUGCUAGUCAUUUCCGCUUAAAAAUUAAGGGAAUUCUGAUUCGUUUUGUCCGCCGGUUGGGUUAUGACAUCGUGGCUUGUAUGGUGCCCGAGUCCUAUCAAAAGGUGCUCACGAACAUUCGUAAAUUGGAAAACCGCCGUCGAAAAAUCAAGAGCAUGACGAGUGGUUGCGGUGGAAGCGAGGAGAAUGACGAAAAUGCAGAUGCGAAAUCACAAAAAAGUCAACGCAGUCGAAAAGGAGAUACUUUUGAACAGGUCCUUGGAUCUGACAGUGAUGCAAACGAUGAGGACGAUAAUGACGAUGGAGAAAAGCGAACAGAGCAAGAACGUGGAAAGAAGGACCGCAGCGCCUGGUUAAAGGAAGGCGAUGAAGAGAUUGUUGAUCUAAUGGACCCAUCGGCAAUGAGGCAUAUUUCAACGACCGAUCCUGCAAAAUACAAGCAGAAGCUGGCUAAAAAACUCACUCCUAGGCAAGAAGCCGAGAAAGCCGGAUUUAAGGUUUCUGAGGACGGCAAAUUGCUUAUCACCAAGGAAAUGCUUGAAGAAGAUAAUCCUCGUGGUAAAAAGCGAGGCCGCGAGGCUGCUGAAGAAGACUCGGACUUAGAAGAUAUUGAUGACCUGCUGGGAGCUAUAAGCGGUUACGCUAAAUCUUCAAGACCGAAGAGCGUUAACAGUGGUGUGAGUCUUAAGUCGACAAAACCUACGGGGAGCACAAAGCCGAUUGGUUCCGAAUAUCGCGCAAAAAGAGCAAUGGGCGAUGUAAAAUUAAAGGCUCAGAAAUACGACCCGUACGCCUACAUACCCAUGAAUAGGAUGGCCCUCAACAGAAGGAAACGUGCCAAAAUGUCUGGUCAGUUUAGUAGCCUUGUCAAGGGUGCGGCAAAAGGAGCCCGAAAAGCGCGCAAACAACGGGCUAAGCAAGCGGUCUUUAAGAAGCGAUAGACUACUCACCAAACAUG